AUGGGUUUUGGGAAGAGAUGGAUGAGGUGGAUGGAAGCUAUUGUAUUCUCUUACAAGAUGUCGGUGAUUGUUAAUGGUAGUCCAACGAAUGAAUUCUUGGUGGAAAGAGGUAUUCGUCAAGGAGAUCCUAUCUCCCCCUUUCUUUUUGUUAUAGUGGCGGAAGGUUUAAAGGCGUUAGUUGGAAGAGCGGUCAGUAAUGGUGACUUUGUUGGUUUUAAUGUGAAUGGAAAAUGCUUUGUUGGAAUCACAUUUGGGGAGGAGGAGAAGGAGUUCAAAUUUCUCGGUAUCUUUGUUGGUAAAAAUCCAAGGAGAAUCUCUUCUUGGAAGCCUCUUUUGGAAAAUAUUAGGAGGAGAUUGAAUUCUUGGAAAGGGCGGUGGCUUAGUUUUGGUGGGAGGAUAACUCUUUUAAAAUCGAUUCUAAGUAGUUUGGCGAUAUUCACUCUAUCUUUCUACAAAGCUCCAAAGAAGAUAAUUUUGGAGAUUAAUAAGAUGCAAAGUAAUUUUUUGUGGGGAGGGACGGAAGAAAGAAGGAAAAUUCAUUGGGUGAAGUGGAAUGACAUGUGCCUUCCGGUGGAGAAAGACGGGCUUGGAUUUAGAAGAUUGGAUAUUUUUAAUAAGGCGCUUCUUUUGAAGUGGAAUUGGAGGAUUUUCGGUGCAACAAAUGAAUUAUGGUAUCGAAUGUUAAAAGCUAGGUAUGAGGACGUGAAUCUAAGGUUGUGUGGCAAUUCUUUGAAAUCUAAUAAGGAUAAGACAUCGUCGGUGUGGUGGGCGGAUUUGUUAUCUUUGGGGAAGGAGAUACCAGAGAAUUUUUUUACUAACAAUUUUCAUUUUCAGGUUGGAGACGGGCGCAAUAUCUCAUUUUGGAAUUCUCAUUGGUUGAAUGGCGGCAUUUUAAAGGAUCUUUUUGCGAAUCUUUUUAAGACUUCUUUGUUGCAAGAAGUUUCAAUCGGAGCCAUGGGUGGGUGGAUAGAUGAAAGGUGGAUUUGGGGAGAUUUAGGUGUUAUUGCUGCUCCAAUAGGUGCUGUCCAGAAUACUCUCUUUACCUCUGCUAGUGAUCUUGUCUCUAAUGAAGCUGUUGUUGGUCUAGAUUCUGUCCAAACCGGUUCUGUUCAGCCCGGUAACGCAGGCAAUGCCGACUCGGAUGCAGCUGCCCUCCUUUGUGAACUUGACAUCAUUUAUCUUUUGUUAGCCGAGGCAACUCUUUCUCCUUCUCGGGCGGACUCGGCUCGGUGGAAGCUUCUUACGGAUGGUCAUUACACCGUAGCAUCAUGCUAUCAUUUCUUUUGUAGUUUUUAUGUUCCUUUUGGACCGGCUAAUAGAUUUGAUUCAGCUUUCUUAGAUAUUUGGAAGCUUGAUGCCCCUUUGAAAGUGAAGGCUUUCGGAUGGAGAUUCUUUAUCAACAAAGUACCAACCAAAGACUCUCUUUUGAAUAAAGGUAUUAUUUUUAACACCUCGGAUUUGGAGUGUGUUUUUUGUGCCGGUUCUAAUGAAUCCCUUCUUCACUCUUUUCUUUCUUGCCGAAAUGCCGAUGUUGUUUGGAGAGAAAUGGCCGAGUGUAUUGGGUUACCUUUUAAAAUCGAUUUUGAUUUUAAGAAGAGGUUUAUCUAUUGGAGCUCUUUUUGUCGGUCUAAGAAAGUUAAAGUUGCGAAAGUUGGUAUCGUCUGGCUAGCUAUUUUAUGGAGCUUGUGGUUGCGUAGGAACGAUAUAGUCUUUAACCAAGGUUCGUGGAACUCGAGGGAUGUUGUUUUGGAGUUGUAA